AUCCGAACUGGUUCCCACCCCUGGGGCUCUGCUUCUGCCUGUGACUGGCUUGCUCUGGGUGCCAGUCGCUAAGCCACCCGCUGCUGAUUGGCCCUCUUGGCGCUGCUCUGCGCGGCGCAAGCUCCACCCCCGUCGGGUGUUUGUGGUGGGGCUGCGGUGUCGCUGAUCCCGCCGGAAGCGCCAGGACAAUGGGGACCCGGGACGACGAGUUCGACUACCUAUUCAAAGUGGUGCUCAUUGGGGACUCGGGCGUGGGAAAGAGCAACCUGCUGUCCCGAUUCACACGCAACGAGUUCAACCUGGAGAGCAAGAGCACCAUCGGAGUGGAGUUCGCCACCCGCAGCAUCCAGGUGGACAGCAAGACCAUCAAGGCGCAGAUCUGGGACACCGCCGGCCAGGAGCGCUACCGCGCCAUCACCUCUGCGUACUACCGUGGCGCUGUGGGCGCGCUGCUGGUGUAUGACAUCGCCAAGCACCUUACGUACGAGAACGUGGAGCGCUGGCUGAAGGAGCUGAGGGACCACGCCGACAGCAACAUUGUCAUCAUGCUGGUGGGCAACAAGAGCGACCUGCGCCACCUCCGGGCCGUGCCCACAGACGAGGCCCGCGCCUUUGCGGAAAAGAACAACUUGUCAUUCAUUGAGACCUCGGCCUUGGACUCCACCAACGUAGAGGGAGCUUUCAAGAACAUCCUCACAGAGAUCUACCGCAUCGUGUCACAGAAGCAGAUCGCCGACCACGCAGCCCACGACGAGUCCCCCGGCAACAACGUGGUGGACAUCAGUGUGCCGCCCACCAGCGAUGCGCAGCGGCCCAGCAAGCUGCAGUGCUGCCAGAGCCUGUGAGCGCGCGCCCCGCCGUCCGCGCGCCCCUCCAGGCCCAGGUGCUCUGCCCCUCCGCGACAGGCCCUGCUCCCUGUCAGGCCAGCUGCUUGGCAGGGCCCAGGAAGAGCGGAGUGGGGCGGACCCUGCUGUCCCGCCAGGGAGCUAGAAGCCCCGCGUGCACGUCAGCGGGGAGAGCGGCGGACAGGCAGGGCCGCCCAGGGUCCAGGAGGCUGGGGCGCCGAGCAGGCCCCUCCAGUUUGCUGCUGCAGACCCCAGGGAGCGAGCGAUCGCCUCCUCUCUGCCUGGUCGGUUGGCCCCAGUGGUCCCCACUCCCUACCCGCAGCCCUCCCGCAGGCUGCAGGCUAAAGACACGGCUCAGCCCCGGCAGGUGGACACUUUGGGCUGGGCGCCCACCCCCAACGCACAGCCAGCACCGCGACCUCUGAGGAGCAAAUGGCUUCAGCUCCUGCCUGUAGAUUUCUGCGGGGAGAAGAGCCCUCCCUCCCCACUCCUUCUGCACGUGGCGCACUCUCACCCCCCGCCCUGCCCUCUGUCUUGUCCCCCUCAUCUGGUCAGGAACCUGUUUGCAAGUGAAGCAAUAUCUCCAUGUUUUGUAUAUACAACUGCUCCUGUAGCCUUUGGUUUUUUGUUACCGUAGAGAGACACAGAUUCUUUAUACACUUUGUAAGAUUUACGCCAAACCCCAGCUCUCGAUCUCUUAUUUGCCCUGCACCGUUGCCCUGAUGCCCCUGUUCUCUCGCCGGUUACUAAAAUGCAUAAUCCGACUUCCUGUACAGAAA